GUAUAAGUAGAUUUAACCAGCCUGCUCAACCACUAGUUCAACGACCAUUGCGUCCUUAUUGUGCCAAAACCAGCUAUGAAGUCCUGCAUGUGGAUCACCUUGCUUUCGCUAGCUGCCAUGGCCUAUGGCGCCUCAGUCGUCACAGAAGCUGAAGCACCACAGUUCAUCAUUACAAAAGAAAUGGAAGCCGAAGUUCUGAAGGAAGUUGGAAAAAGCCUCGAGACACUCGGCAGAAUUUUGCAAGGAAAGGACGUGCCUGCUACUCAAGAGACGCAGGAUGAAGUAGCCCAAGUCAUGCGCACCCUUUCUUCCGAUGAGGCACUGAGCGACGACGCCGCUGAGUACAUCUGGCCCAUCAUUGCUCGCGGUGUAGUUCAAGGAGGCGUUGCCCAUGGAGUCCACAAAUGGCUAAACAGCAGAGGGUAGAGGCCAUAUACUCCAGUGAUACUUUAGUAUUCGGUGGUUCGCCACUCGCUUGGCAAAAAACUUCUCCGGCCAACUACUGGAUUGAUACGAUUUGUCUCAGGACCUCCAACUAUUUAGAAAUCUGAAUCAAUUAAAGAUUGAUUUGAGUGCAAUAUUUCACUU